GCGCGGCGGGAAGAGUGAGCGUAGGAGAGAGGGAACGCCAUCCCCCUCUCCCGAUCCGUCUAUCAGUCGCUCCGCGGCCGUUGCUGGGAGAGGUUCGCUUGUGCCGUUUAAUUCGCGUUUCGAAACGCGUCUCUGCUUUCGUCACGUCGAGUCUCUGUGAGUCGAGUCGGAUCGAGUGCUUCUCUCUACCUGUCCCUUGCUACCCUAACCUUCUCUCACUCUCACUCUUUCUCUCUCUCUCUCUCUAUCUCUAUCUCUCUUUCUCUCCUCUCUCUCUCUCUCUCUCACACUCGCUCUCGAUCGACAAAAUCGACCCAUGUCGUCGCCGUCGCAUCAAUCGCCCGUCUGUUCGUAGUCGUUUCGCCGACGACGACGGGAGGCAGACAGAAGGACGGAGUGGUGAGGAGCAGAGCGGAGCGGAGAGAAGAGGUAGAUAGCGUUUUCGAACGCACGCGCGUGCUCGCGAGCGCGUCCUUGCCGGAGUCAAACGUUCACCUCCGUGUGCCGCACGCGCCGUUCUCACGUCUCUCGAGUAAACAACGACGGAGAGUGUGCAAUAGUGUGGCAGUGUUGCAACGUGUCGCGGUGUAAACGCGCCCGCGACGACGUCGUCGACGUUCGACGACGACGACGACGACGACGACGACGACGAAGACGACGACGGAGUAGUAGGAGCCGACGGAGGAGGAGCGGCUGCGGCGUAAACAGGCCGUAACUAAGCGUGGCCGGAUACGCGAGUCGCAUUCAGGCUAGCGAGAACAUCUCGGCCGGCGUUUUCCCGGCCGGAGAGGAGGCAUCGUCACGACCACGACCACGACGACGUCGACGUCCACGACGCGAGGCGGGGGCGGUUUUUCCUGCCUUACCGACCGAAAAAAGGGCACGCCGCGGCGUCGCCAACACAAAGAGACACGACGGCGAGACCGUUGCACCUCGGGCCGACCUUCGCCGACGGUGCGCAGCGCUCGCUUUUGACUCUCCGGAUGAACGCAACGAGCGCUCUUAUCUGACCCGACUCUAGAGCCACGAGCCACGAGCCACAGAAAGAGAGAGAGAGAGAGAGAGAGUGAGAGAGAGAGAGAGAGCGAGAGAGAAGUGACACGUUUCGUUGCCCGUGAACGUCGCCCGAUGAAGCGGUAGUGGCGAAUGGAGUGGAGACCGCCGAUGGAUUGUCGCCGAGGAGGAAAUCUGGCGUGGAUGAUCAUUCCGACCGUUACGUUCCACCGGGACGUACAUCGCCGUACGACGCGUCAUCGCCGUGAGUGCCGAUCGGCUUCGUAGCGGCCACGCGAUCGCGCCCGCACCGAGAACGCCGAGAAUCCGAACGGCAGCAUCAACUCCGGGGCUUGACCAGGCCCUUCUCUCCGGAGUCCUUCUGUUAUCGGUUGUUGCUAUUGUGUUUUAUAUUGCUGUUGUUGGUUAUUGAGGAGUAGUAUAAUAUAUACGCGUACUCGUAAUAAGCCGCCGCCGGUAUUGUCUCAGAGUGCCGCCGUCGCGCCGCGCCGUGCCGCGCCGUCGCCGUCGCCGUCGCCGUCGCCGUCGCCGCCGCUGCCGUCGCGUGACAUGAGGCGUUCUCGCGCGUAUUGAAAAGAAAGUGAGUGUAACGAUAAAUAUACAGUGAAUACACACUCCGUCAUACAGCCACACACACACAUACACACACACACACGUGCGGCAAACAACGUAUACAUAUUGGAUUUCUUCUCUCCUGAACGUGCCAGUCGGCAAGCCACGGAGGAAGGAUGUAUCCCAGCGCCGGAAUCAACGCAGCCGCCGUGGCCGCCGCCGCUGCCAGGCAUCCGGGUCCACCGCAGCCUGGGCAGGGCUUCAAAUUUUCGAUCAACGACUCCUGCGAUCGCAUCAAGGAGGAAUUCAACUUUCUGCAGGCUCAGUACCACAGCCUUAAAUUGGAGUGCGAGAAACUGGCCAGUGAAAAAAUAGAGAUACAGAGGCAUUACGUGAUGUAUUACGAGAUGUCGUACGGGCUCAACGUGGAGAUGCACAAACAGGUAAGUCUCUCUCUCUCGCAUUGCCAUUGACGCGUUAAGAUCUCA